CGUUUCCGGGGCGGGACGCUGCGAGCGGGGUUUGUGGUGCUUCGGCUCGCUGGCGGCCUGUGUCUGCGAGCUCCCUGCUGCAAUGAGCUUCCUCAGAAGUUUCCCGCCGCCUGGGUCGGCUGAGGGGCUCCGGCAGCAGCAGCCAAAUACGGAGGCUGUGCUGAACGGGAAGGGCUUGGGCACUGGCACUCUUUACAUCGCGGAGAGCCGCCUGUCUUGGUUAGAUGGCUCUGGAUUAGGAUUCUCACUGGAAUACCCCACCAUUAGUUUGCAUGCAGUAUCCAGGGACCUAAAUGCCUAUCCUCGAGAGCAUUUGUAUGUUAUGGUGAAUGCCAAAUUUGGAGAAGAAUUGAAAGAAUCUGUUGCCGAUGAAGAAGAGGAAGACAGUGAUGAUGAUAUGGAACCUAUUGCUGAAUUUAGAUUUGUGCCUAGUGAUAAAUCAGCAUUGGAGGCAAUGUUCACUGCAAUGUGCGAAUGCCAGGCUUUGCACCCAGAUCCCGAGGAUGAAGAUUCAGAUGAUUACGAUGGAGAAGAAUAUGAUGUGGAAGCACAUGAACAAGGGCAGGGGGACAUCCCUACAUUUUACACCUAUGAAGAAGGAUUAUCCCAUUUGACAGCAGAAGGCCAAGCCACGUUGGAGAGAUUAGAAGGAAUGCUUUCGCAGUCUGUGAGCAGCCAGUACAACAUGGCUGGAGUCCGGACAGAAGAUUCAAUAAGAGAUUAUGAAGAUGGGAUGGAGGUAGAGACUACACCAACAGUUGCUGGACAGUUUGAGGAUGCAGAUGUUGAUCACUGAGAAUCAUCGAUGCUGCUUUGGGAUUCUGCUCAUAACUAUAGGAGAGAACUUGGUACCUCUUCCACUGAGGAGUGGGUGUCGGUGAAAGUCUUUUUCCUUCUCCAAAACUUUCCUGAACCAGUUCUUUCCUGAGACAGACUUUACUGAGACAAGUUGUUCCCAGCAGAAGAAACGAUGACCUUUAUUAACAAAGGUGAAUUAACUUAACCAAGAGGAUAUUUGUAGUUGAUCGGUUUACCCCAAAACCAGGUGUACCCUCUGAAUAGGCCUGUAAUUCCUGCCUUUACUGUCUGCUCCCUCCUAACCCAGCAGGAAAUGUCCUGGCCCUUGAAGGUGCAGGUUGACUCUGUGGAAAAAAGAGAGGCCAAAUGUAGGAUAGACGCCUUAGGGCCUAAGGAUCCAUUGCUCCUUAAAAGAGAAAAAAAGAUCUCAGAGACAUCCUGGCUCUACUUAGUCUCCACAGGGAUAUGGGUCUUUUUACUAAUUGGGGACCCAGAGUAAUCAACUUUAAGGGAGCCUCUUCAGAAAUAUUCCAGCCACACAUACUUCCACUCACACGAGUUCUUCUGUCCAGGCUUUGCUCCUUGCCCUGUGUUCCACCAGCCUGUUCUGUCCUAAUGUCUUAGGUUAUAUCCUUUAAUUUCCAGCCUCCAUAGGUCAGUUUCCGUAAAAGAAGAGGUGAAAUUGGGAUGAAGUCCUCAAAGUUUUUCCGAUAAUCAUUUUGUCUUUGUAAUAGCUUAACAAAUAAAUUUAGGUUUUCUAUA